AAAGAGGCAUAUGGAGCUACUGGGACUGCUAGAACAAAAUCCCUGAAGGCUGUUAUUUUUUUUAUUUAUUUUUUUUAACCCCAUCUCAACUAAACCAGAAGUGUGAGUAAGAAAAUAAUGAACCUGGACAUAUCAAAAGUUAGUGAGGUCUGUCAAACACAGCCAUCCCUGUUACACAUCUGGGAUUUUAUUUUCAUUCCUCUUGCAGCUUCCUUUUGAAGUCCUCUGUGAGUGACUUAAACUCUGAGGUAAUUUGUGUAAACAUAUUGACUCGUUUGAUGGAUUUUACUUUCCUCACUGAACCUCUGAGGGUUGAGAGGAGCUCCGACUGAAACUUGACAAAUGAUCAGUGAGGACAUCUCCUUCCCUGGUGACAUGUGCUCAGAGGUGAGAGCAGGACAGCUCAAACUGUGGCCUCUGCGGACGCAACUCCUUCUGUGCAGAGAAACUGCUGCUGCUUCAGAGUGCUUAAUAAGGACAUCAAUGCUUCGCUGCACAAGAAUGUCCAGUCAUCUGGAGUGAGGUGGGGGUAAGCGACAGAGGAGAGCUGUUACUGUGAGGUGAUCCUUCGGGGGAGUUUUUAGCCAGCCUCUGACAUUAUUCAGUGGCGCUAGAACUAUCUGAAGAGCCUCAUCCUAACCAAGGAUCCUCCUUUCUUUAGGUCAAAUAAUCCAGGACAAGUCCACUCACCAGCUAACGGUUUGCCAGUAAGAGAUCCAGGUGUGAUGAAAGUACAGUUUGUUGGAUGCAAAACAAAGUGCUCAGAGAAGGACCAAAAACAGGGAGUGACAGAUUCCUCAGGAAUGAAACCAUUUUCCUCAGAGCUUUCCUACAGGGUGUGCAUCCAUCGUGAGAUGCCUCUGAGGUCCUGUAGCUCUGCCGUGUUUUUGGACAAGUCACUUUGCAUUUCGUUCGCAGAACUUGCAGCAGGAACAAGAGGAGUUCAAGCACCUCUGCACAGGUCUGCCCUGACUUGUCAACUCGGUGUGCAAUCUCUCUUUGGAUCCACCGUAGAUAAGAAAACAGCCAAAACAAAGGAGGUGUACAGAAGAGGUAACUUCAACAGGUGCAAUGGCCAUGAGCAGAGACUGGAUCACAGGGGGAGCCCUCUAUCAAAGCGCCGUGGACCCAGGACCAAUCAAAAGGCACCUGCUUGUGGCGCUAACAGUGAGGAUGAUGACUCAGAAAAGCAGAGCAGCAGCACUUCUUUGGGAUUGUCAUUCAGAGGGCCAUCUGCCUCAAACACAAAGGCUGCAAAGCAGAAGGGGAAUGCAAAUAAGGCAGUCUUCUCUGCUCUGAGCAACUUGAGGCACAUGCAGCACACGUUCACUUAUAGCCCAGAUUCAUGGAGCAUGAGCAAGCAAGGAGAGCGUCAAAAGACAAAUGGAGGACAAGAAGGUGGCAAAUCCACAGAACCUCAGAUAAUUUCUACUUGUCGUCACCGCUCACCACUGAAGAAUGAUUCUGUGGGAGGCAGUCUUAAAACCCUGAGCCUGAAAGAGGCAUUAGAACAUUUUAGACCAGACUUCAUCAGCCGGUCUCAGGGUCGAGUCAGGAUGUUAGAGCAGAAGGCCAGGAGAAGGAAAGCUCUGCAGGACUCAAAUUUAGCCCUUGGCCUAACAGGAGAUCAAGGCAAGCAAAAGAGACACUGCACAACACCCGAUCCACUCAGUGAUAACCUUUUCAAGCCGAGAGAGCGCUCUAUAUCAGGCAGAGAGAUGCAGCUCAGGUCCAGACGGAUUUACAACAAGUUGCCGGAGGUGACAAAGAAAAAGGAGGAGGAAAAAAAGAGGGCUAUAUCUCAAACCAAUAGACUGCGAGCAGAGGUCUUCAAAAAGAGAGUUCUGGACCAGAUUCUGCAAAGAUGAACUGAACCCCAUCAGGCGCCACCUUCAUUUUAAAAUACUGACUACAUAUGUAUGCAUUCCAUUCUUGGGUGGUGUCUAUUGAAUGUUCAGUGUUUGUUAGCUCUUUACAUUGUUGCAAACAGUAAAACUCGAUUUUGUUUGCAAUGUUCUCAAAAUCUCUUGUAACUGUUAGGUGGGGACUCGUUUUCCAGGUUUGAAAAUGUUUCAGAUUCAAAACCAUAAAAAUCUUAGAAAGAAGAAUUUAAAUUGUCAUGGUGUAUAAAUUAAAGCUGUGCUGUCUAUCUCUAUCACUAAAGUGAACAUAGAGAUGACGAAACAUGAGUGGCAUGUCUGAUAAGCAGCUGACUACAGAUAGUGUGACUGAAUACCGAUCAAAUACUAAGUUGUUAUACUUAUGGGACUAGUCAGGUCCAUUUUAGAGCAGAAAGAGUUAGGAAGUGUUUAUUUGAGAACUGUUACUAAAUGAGGAAAGUUGAUUGAACAUUUUUACAUUAGUCUUUCUAUCAAAAUUUAAAAUCCCUUUAAAUAAUCCUUAUAAGAAUCUAUUUAUAUAUUCUUUUAUUUUAGCACAAUCAGGAGCAAUUGUUGCGUUUUUGUUUUGCAUAAAAGCGUUUGGAUCAUGUUAUGCAUUUUAGCGUUAAAUCAUUGCAUUUACACUCUGAUGUAGUAAAACCAUUUAUUCAAGGUAAAGUAUACAUUUUCUGGCAUCGUUUUGUGUCAACAACUUUCACAGAAUGAACUAUUAAAGCCAGUUAAAGGUUUAAAUGAAGCAUGUUACCUUAACCUUUCAAAUGUGAACGACAAAUUGCUAAUAAAAUAAUCUACAAAUAAGUCAACCAAUGUUUAAAACUGAGUAUUCAUCAACAUUAUGCUCUUCAGAGUUGUGCAAACGUAAGAAGAAACAAUAGAACUACUGCGGUUAAAAGUUAGUUUUGACCUGAGCCACCUGACUUUGUCAGAGGGACAGCUUUGUCCUUAAAAUGAGGGAGCCAGACCAUGUUUCAUCAUUGGCUUCAUGUCUGUCUCAAGACCUCUGUGACCACCAAUCUGGAACGAUGGAAUUUCAAGCUAAUCAAACUCAUUGACACACAAGACAUGUGAAGAUAAAGGACUUAUGUCACAGAGCUCCAAACCAAAGAGUUCUAGGAGAGGAUGGUCCUAAAGUCCAAUUUGGGAGUUUGAUCAGUUUAUGGUCUGUGAGGGUGACAGCAUUUUAAAAAGAGAGAGUUAAAACAAACACAUCAUAAAUAUCAAAGGUGUGGUGACAAACAUUUUGUGAACCUCAAAAACUGCAUUUAAAAACAGAAUUGUAAACAGUAAAUAAAUCUGUGAUAUU